UGAUGGAAGUGAAAGAGGAGAGUCAAGCUGAAGUGGAUGAGAAACAUCAGAUUGUGAAAAUAAACCAUAAUGUUUCACAGAAAGAAACUCUGAAGACAGAAGACAUAAAGUGUGAAAAUAGAUUCAGUGAAGAUGAACGCCCUGCAGGUCACAAGAGGACUCACAGUGAGGAGAAACCUUACUGGCACAAGAAAGCUCACAUGGUGGGAAAGCAACACGUGUGCCAGCAUUGUAACAAGAGUUUCCCAGAUACAACUAAACUUAAGAUACACAUUAUGUCUCACACUGGAGAGAAACCUUUCACAUGUCAUCUGUGUGGAAAGAGUUUCAGAACAAAUACUACCCUUAAAAUACACAUCAGGAUUCACACUGGAGAGAAACCACACGUGUGCCAUCAGUGUGGAAAGAGUUUUAUAACUGCAGGUGAACUUAGGAAACACAUGAGGACUCACACUGGAGAGAAACCUUUCACAUGUCAACAAUGUGGAAAGAGUUUCAGAAGAAAAGAGAGCCUUAACUUACAUGUGAGGAUUCACACUGGACAGAAACCAUUUACGUGCCAUCAGUGUGGAACGAGUUUCAGAAGAAAAGCUCACCUUAAAACACAUGUGAUGAUUCACACUGGAGAGAAACCAUUCAAGUGCCACCAGUGUGGAAAGAGUUACACCUUUAAGACAAGCCUUAUCCGGCACUUGAUAGCUCACAGUGGGGAAAAGCCACACGCGUGCCAUCACUGUGACAAGAGUUUCACAUUUACAAGUGGACUUAAGAUACACAUGAGGAUUCACACUGGAGAUAAAGCACAUGUGUGCCAUCAGUGUGGAAAGAGUUUUGAAACUGCAAGUAACCUUAACAGACAUUUGAGAAUUCACACCGGAGAGAAACCUUUCACGUGUCAACAGUGUGGAAAGAGUUUCACCUUUCAGUCAAACCUUAACCGCCACAUGAAAACUCACACUGGAGAGAAACCACAUGUGUGCCAUCAGUGUGGAAAGAGUUUUGCAACUGCAAGUUUCCUUAACAGACAUUUAAAAAUUCACACCGGAGAGAAACCUUUCACGUGUCAACAGUGUGGAAAGAGUUUCAUCUUUCCAUCGAACCUUAAACGCCACAUGAAAACUCACAGUGGGGAAAAGCCACACACGUGCCAUCACUGUGACAAGAGUUUCCCAGAUAGAAGUCAACUUAAGAUACACACGAGGACUCACACUGGAGAGAAACCUUACACUUGUCACAACUGUGGAAAGAGUUUCUCUGUUGAAAGUAACCUUAAGGUACACACAAGGAUUCACACUGGAGAGAAACCGUUCACAUGCCAUGAGUGUAAAAAGAGUUUCAAAGCAAAAGCUAACCUAAACUCACACAUAAGAAUCCACACUCAAUAGAAACCAUUCAUGUGUCAACAGUGUGGAUAUGGCAACAAAGUUUAUAAAUCAGCUGAGGUCUUAUUAAUAAAACUGUCUUGAGGAUCCUUUCUAAAAGUCUACAUACGCAAAAAGCACAAAAUGGUGUACAGCAAAAAAGAUUCAAGCCGUUUCUCAAUCUGCGUUCUUGUCUGUACUUGUCUUCUUCUGGACUUGUGAAAUGUCAUCAGUCGCGGCCCAAGUACUGCUCAAAUUCCAAGUUUACGUAACAUCUCAAGAUGUGUUCUUGAUCCGCUCAUUUUAUUAAGGAUGCAUCAGAAGGUGACUUGUGUGGACUUGCGACAGCCAAGUUUCCCUGUAUGCAUUUUGCGUCAGUGGCAAUAAAGCUUAAAACCUGCACAAUAUAUGAAAUACUGCUCUUUCUGUGUCAUAAAAUGUAGCUGUUUAGUCAAGAAUAUAGCUGAAUGAACUUCAAAUCUGUGGUCAGUUAGUAAAGAUAGGACCUAAUAUUAAAAUUUCCUCUGACAAUUUUGGAUAUGUGAGUUCAAGUUGAUCAGCGGGCAGUCAGUGCCGUGUACUCCGCCGAGGGCAGAUUCAUCUCUGCAAGUCCUUCUGAAAUGUGCCGCUGUCUCAUUGCAGCUGCUCUGCGUUUCAGUGUCUGAUGGUCAAACAUGAAAUAUUCUCUUUGGAUAUAUCUAACUGGCAUUUUUCUGUCUCGGUAAUUUAUUUCUCUUUAUUAUUCAUAUGAAGUCUGUUUUUGUUAUUAUUGUUUUAACCUAUGUUAAAGUUAAGUUUCAUAACUUAAAUCACACAUUUUCUAUAGAAUCUUGACACUGAAUCACUGCCUUUGUACUUAAGAUUUGUUUCUUGUUUACUUCAUGUUGUACAAAAGGUUUGUAGUUUUAUAAUAAAUGGUUGUGUUUUAUAUCAUAUUUCAUUUUGUAAUAAAUACAUUAAUCAGUGUGCGUGUUA